GACUACCGUGUGAACAUCUUCCUCCGGCAGCAGUGGAAUGACCCCCGGCUCGCCUACGCUGAGUACCCCGAUGACUCUCUGGACCUGGACCCCUCUAUGUUAGACUCCAUAUGGAAACCAGACCUGUUCUUUGCCAAUGAGAAGGGGGCCCACUUUCACGAAGUCACUACGGAUAACAAACUGCUCCGGAUAUUUAAGAAUGGGAAUGUUUUGUACUCUAUAAGACUCACAUUAACUCUGUCAUGUCCCAUGGAUCUGAAGAACUUCCCUAUGGAUGUUCAGACCUGCAUCAUGCAGCUGGAGAGCUCUUUGUUCCCUGACCUAGCCUUUAAGGCAGAGCCUCCUUACAGCAACGUAGCCCAGUAA